AUGUCAUUGGAGAUCGACAGCUCGCGGCUUGAGCGCAAGAAGCAGGGAAAGUCGAAGGAUAAGGAUGUCGAGAAGACAGAGAAAAAGCGCAAGCGGGAUGCUGUAGACGAGGUCGAUUUUGGGAUGGCCUCGCCCACAAAGAAGCACAGGUCAAAUCAACAGCCCAAAUCACAUAUAGCGCAGUCCAAACCCGACAUUUCCUCUCAGACAGAGCCAAUAUCUCCGUUCUACCAGCAAGUAUCCUCUCUGUACCUACCACUACCACCAAUCUCUCAAAAGCAUGCUUUACAAGGCAUUUGUGCCGAGCAUAUCUCUCCACUCAUCCUCACAUACUACCCGCCUUUGCAUGGGGUCAUCGUAUCUUAUUCGAAUGCGCGACUCUCCACCGAUCCUCAGAGCGAAGCGUCCAAUCCAGCUUAUGCACGAGCGAUCGACGAGUACGCGUCCAGCUUCGUAUGGCUUACUGCGGACUUCCUCAUUUUCAAGCCUCGGAAGAGUAGCGUGAUAGAGGGCUAUGUCAACCUCCAGAGUGAGAGCACUAUUGGGCUUCUUUGUUUAAACUUCUUCAAUGCAAGCAUUGAGAGAAGGAGAUUGCCAAGAGAGUGGAAAUGGAUACCCGGUGGGAUGAAGGCCCCAAGAAAGAGAAAGUUGAAGCAAGCUACGAAGGACACCAUGUCGGACUCGGACGGAUCAGAGGCGGACGAGGACGAUGCGGCUGGGCAGACUUUGGAAGACGCGGAAGGCUAUUUUCAAGAUCAGGCAGGUAAAAAGAUUGAGGGACUGCUACAAUUCCGGGUCAAGGACUUGGACACGUCGAAGAGCAUGGAUCGCGAGACUGGUUUCGUGAGCAUUGAGGGCACCAUGCUGAGUAAGGACGAGGAAAGGCAGUUGCAGGAACAGGAGAGAAUGAGGAUACCAAAUGUGAAAAGGAAACAAUUGGGCUGGCAAAAUGAGCCGUCGAACGCUAUGACAGGUGCAAUUGUGAAUGGCUCUGAUGGUGCAAUGGAUGUAGAUGAUUCGCCGAAUGCGAAACAUAGAGCCAGAUAUUAA